CUAAAAGUGACGGUUUAUCAAAAUCAAAGUUCAAACUCUUGUUACCGCUGUUCAAGUAAACCAAGGCUAAGGUGAUGUGUAAGCAACGUGUAUUUUAAUCACAAGUUUGAAAUGGACCUCGCAUUCUAAUAUUUUUUCAUUGUGUGAAAUAUUUCAAAACCCACUAAUCCAGGGUUCCUGAAGAACUUUACAUUGUGGUGCGAUCUGGAUUUCCGCUUGUACUUUGACCACAACUCAUUUCUUAUCACACAUGGUCCACGCUUCUAUUGAUAAGCGUGAAACAAAAACAUAAUGCGUCUCACAGCCUUUAUUUGUGCUUAAACACGGCAAAUGUCAAGCUACAUUAAUUCGGCACUUUUAGAAAAUGAGCACUUAGUGAAGGGGUGGGAAAGGUAUGGCUCUUGGGCACGGCCCGCUCGGUCUUUUAAUCCACUUCACAAGUUAUUUACAAUAUCAAGAGUGCUGUAAUGUUUGUUACAUUAAUUUAGCAGUUUUUUUUCUCCCCCUAAAAUUAGGUAAUGCAGUGGUUCUUGAAGUGUGCUAUGGGUAAAAUUAUUGAUUCGCGGGCUCUCGUUGUAUGCAAAAGAAUCACUGAAUUAAAUACGUUUGUACAAUAAAAUUUACAUUUAAAACAUGAAAUACAAUUGAACAUAGAAGCUUGUAACUAUGCAUACAGAAUGUUUACACUUUUAAUGCAGUACAGUGCCUUUUUUACUUUUUAUCGGGCACAUUUUUUUAAGUACAAUUCACUUGAAUUUAACUUUUACCGCUUGAGUACUUUUAAUUUAAUCUUUAGCAGCUGUGUUUAUAAACAAAGUAUUUUUUCUUGUAUGUGCAAUACCUUUUAAUUAUCAUUUCAGUGCAAGUUUUUUUUCUUUUCCUAUAUUUAAGUGCAAGUGUAUUUUAAAUUUUCAAUUUGCAUAAUGUCAAAGUGGCUUACAAAAAUAAAUACACGUGUACUGUUUUUUAGGAAUAAAACUGCUGCCUUGUUUUUGAUGAACACUUGGGCCAACUACAACACUAGAUUUUGAUGUUGGUCACUGGUGGUAUUUGGCACGCCAAGUAUAUAAUUUUUGGGGGGAGGUGGUAAAAAGUUCGAGUUCAGGUAUUUAUUAAUUUAUAUACAUUUGUAAAAUUGUUAAUUGAUUUAUUGUGAAUAAUAGUACAGAAAAUGGAUGCAUAGGUAAUUUUACUUGUGCAUUUAACAUUAAAAAAUAAUUACAAUUUAAUUGAUUGUAAAUCCUUUUUAAAAACGAGAAUGAGUAUUAUUUUAUCAAAAUGAACUAUUUUACCCAUACAAAUGAUUUUUAUUUUUUUUAUUUUUUAAGUUUGCCAGUGCCUGGUUAGUGUGUUUUAUUGAGGUGGUAUUAUACUAACUGUAUAAUGCUCUAACUAAAGCACACUAAAAAUAAGGAAUUAGAUCACAAUUUAUUUGAUAAAUUGUUGCUUUGUUUCCGUGUCGACCGUUCCCGGCUCAGGUAUGUUCGUCACGUGGCCACAGGUAAAGUCACGUGACACACUGGUGACGUCAUUAAGGCUCGGCUUGCCCGAGGAUAAUAAAGAACUGACAAGAUGUGCAGCGCACAGCAUCGAGGCAACAUGUACAGGCCUGAGGUCAUCGUCAUUCUUGUAAAAUGGUGUUGUAACGUGUGGCGGCUUUCUCCUGUCUUCAGUGUCCAGUGGGGCGAGAUGAAAUGAGGCUACACCUGAUUUCGGUCUGCUGGGGUUUUUAGCGAAGGGCCCUGAAGUAUGGCCCUGGAGACAUCCCCAUUCCCCAACCGGUGUGCCGCAGUCGCCCACGCGGCGGGAUGGGCAUUGAUUCUGCCGUGUUUCUGGUUUCUCGACCGUCUCAUCGCCGUGUGCAAGUUGACCACCCUCGAACGGAGGCAAGAGGAUACAUGCUACCUCUACCCCCUCAAGGCCUUCUUCGGCUCCAUCGCCUUCUUUGUUCUGUUUGUCGUGACCGCGCCCGUAGCCUUGCUGGGCUUCCUGCUGUGGGCGCCGCUGCAGGCGUGCCGCAGACCCUUCUGCUACCACCGAGAGACUGUGUCACUCCAGAGUGAGACGCACAGAGGCUUGGAGCUGGAAGGAAAGGGGUCGUUCGUCUUCGCAUCGGCCAACUUGUGUCUUUUGCCAGACAGUCUGGCUCGCUUCAACAACCUUGGACACACCCAACGAAGGGCUUCCGCUAUUGGCGAGUAUAUCGCUCAGGGUGUGGGCCGGCCCAACAUCCGCAUCUUUAUCGACUCCCCCAGCAGCUGCGGUACUCUCAGCCCCUCCAACAGUAUACUCCCCGCAGCUAGCGCCUCUACUUACGGCGCUACAGACAGACAGGGUUCACUCCCAAAUUCCAACAGUGAUAUGGUUUACGGACUCUCUGAGGAUACAAAAGAACCCUCUGCUUCCAUCCAGCACAACUCUAACCAGAACUCCAACCAGCAGGGGCGAACGGGCAACCGCAGCGCCCCCCGCGCUUUGCUCUCUCAGGGUCUCGGCCAACUAGGCGACGUGCCAUGGGAAGUGUCCACCAUGUUUCCUGCCAAUGUGGACAUUCUCUGCUUAGAGGAGGUGUUCGAUAAGAGGGCUGCACAGAAACUCACCUGUGCUUUAAGUCCUCUGUUUGCACACAUACUCUACGACAUUGGGGGGUAUGCCUGCCAACCUCCGUGCAGCUGUUCCUCAUUUAAGUUCUUCAACAGCGGCCUCUUCCUGGCCAGCCGAUUCCCCAUCGUGGCGGCGCAGUACCACUGCUUUCCCAACAGCAGAGGUGAAGACGCGCUGGCUGCCAAGGGCCUCCUCUCUGCUAAGGUGCUCAUGGGGAAAAAUCAAAAGGAGAGGAAACUGUCUGGCUAUUUCAACUGUAUACACCUUCAUGCACCAGAAGGUGAAGGAGAGAUCCGCUGUGAGCAGCUGAACAUGGUCAGGAAGUGGAUUGGGGAUUUCCAAGCAGCCAACCGACAGCCUGAUGAGGAUGUGGUUUUUGAUGUGCUCUGUGGAGACUUUAACUUUGACAACUGCUCGCCAGAUGACACGCUGGAACAGAAUCACGGUCUCUUUGAGGAAUACAAAGACCCUUGCAGAGCAGGGCCGGGGAAAGAGAAGCCCUGGGUCAUUGGAACUCUGCUGGAGCAGCCAACGUUGUAUGACGAUGAUGUAAACACUCCAGAAAAUCUACAAAGAACGUUGGAGAAUGACAUGCUGAGAAAGCAUUACAUCUGCCCUCCCGUUCCCGCCACAGGCUCACCGUUGGUUUACCCUGAAACUGACCAGCCGUGGAUUGGACGACGGAUUGAUUAUAUCCUAUAUCGGGAAAAGUCAAUUUCCAAGCACUGCCAAACCGAAGUGGAGGAGGUAUCUUUUAUAACCCAGCUGGCCGGCCUGACAGACCACAUUCCUGUGGGAUUGAGACUGAAUGUCAGAAUGGACUCUUGACUUUUUUGUAAAGUCUCAACUAAUAUGAACAUACUUCCAUUUUCAAAGAAAGGGACCACAAUGUACUAAAAGUACACUACUGUAGAGCCAUAAUAAUCUAAUGUUUACAUGCUGUAUUUUGAUUUGAGAUUUAAUGCUGAUGAACUGAAAAUCUCUAAAAUAUCUCAGGUGGUGUUUGUAUGGGUUUCUCUGGAUACCUAUUCAGUGUUGCACAUCUUGGCUUCUGGAUUUUUGUAUACAUAGUUUAUUUCAUUACAAAAAAUCCCUAUUGAAAUAAAUAUUUACAGUUGAACAA